UAUUUUUCUACACCGGAUGUUGACAUUCCGCCCAGAACAAAAUUGUCGGAAAAAUCGAUCAGCACACAAAAAGUCAGUUUCUGACAUACGAUGAAUUAAUUAAUGCGAUCAGAAGUCACUCUCUUUAUCAACAAGUUGGAGACCAUGGUUUAAUCGUCUGCCCAAGAGAAAUUUGGCAAUCAUAAUGGCAGAGCAAGAUUUGGCACAGGCUGAAAAAGCUCUUGAUGAAGGCCUGUUUGAAAACGAGGAACAAGAUUUAGAGUUUGAUGAAUGUGGACUGGAGCUGGCAGCUAAAGAAGCUGACCUAGAUUUUGAAGCUGAAUUGGAAGGAAAUUUUCCCAAUGAAAGCUACAGCUUACCAGAACAUUGGGAAUCUGGUAGAGCAAUUUUACCCACUAUCACGGACUGGAACAGCCCGGAGUUAACGAGGGAGGGAGCAGAUGGUCCCGCCCCCUUCCGUAGCGGUGCCAUCACCCCUGAUGGACUCAUUGAUGAGGAUUUUGAGGCAGAGAUAGGUACCCCAUCUUUAAAUAACUAUUUCCAGGAUGAUGAAGAAACUGAUGUAGAAUUUCAGGAUAUUGCAGAGCACAAAAUCUUAGAAGUGGCCGGAGAUGACCUCUAUGGUAGAAAGGUCAUUGUCUUUGCGGCCUGUAAAUUACCUCCAAGUACACAAAUUGACCAUCAACGUUUACUACAGUAUAUGAAGCAUGUUCUAGACCAGUAUGUAGAAAAUGACUAUGUGCUAGUUUAUCUUCACUUUGGACUAACCAGUAAAAAUAAACCCAAGCUUUCAUGGCUGAUACAAAUAUAUAAAGAACUCGAUCGCAAGUACAAAAAGAAUCUCAAAGCUUGUUAUAUUGUUCACCCAACCAACUUCAUUAAAAUCUUAUGGAAUAUAUUCAAACCUUUUAUCAGUGUGAAGUUUGGAAGGAAAAUAAUGUAUGUGAACUACCUACACGAGUUGAAGGCCCACUUACAUUUUGAUCAGUUGGUUGUUCCUCCAUUAGUCCUGCAACAUGAUGCUAAACUGGUGGCCUCCAAUAAACCUAAGUAUCCUUAUGGUGUAGACAGCAGUGAUGCCGGUACCCUGCCCACACAGCAGUACGGAGUCUCACUUCACCAUAUAAAGAAUCAUUACGGCUGUGUCAUUCCCCCCGUGGUAUCUCAGACAGUGGAUUAUCUCAGACAGAAUGCACUUGAUGUGGAAGGAAUAUUCAGAAGGUCUGCCAAUGCUGCCAACUUGAAAGCAGUGCAGAAAAAAUUUAAUCAUGGUGAGAAGGUGGACUUCUCAGUGGAGGGUGAUGAACACAUUCCAGCUGUAGCGCUAAAAAUCUUCCUACGAGACCUUCAGGAACCCCUUCUAACCUUUGACCUAUAUCAACCAAUCCUCAGGCUUCACACUGUUGAGGAUGAGAGGAAGGUGUCUGAGAUCAGAAGAAUGCUGCAUGAGGAGCUGCCAGAGGACAACUACCAGAUCCUCAAAGUCAUUAUAAAGCUCCUCACUGAGGUGGUUGACCAUUCUGCCAUGAACAAAAUGAAUUCAUCCAAUCUUGCCAUUGUGUUUGGACCAAAUCUGUUAUGGCCAAAAGGACAAGCGUCGUUGUCCAGCAUGGGGUACCUCAAUAAUUUUGCUCGACUUCUCAUUGAUAACUACAGUGAACUGUUUGACAGAUAGCAGGUCAUGACCUGUAGCUAGUACUCUGUUAAACUGGUUCCUGACCACACACUGACACAAUACAAUUAUCUUCUGGUUACAAUUUUUUGAAAACGAUUUUGGAAACAAAAUGUCUUUGUCAGUUUAAAUAUCAAUAAAAUUGAUCCUUUCUAAUGAGGACCACUCUCUAGGAGGCAGCUAGCUGUUUUAAUCAGUUCUGUAAUUGUUUCAAACAUUUUUUUUAUUCUUUGUUCUUAAUUUGUAUGUUUUAUAAUAAGGUGUCCUCAUUAGGUUUAUAUCAGAUAAGAUAAAGCAAUGUCUAGAGAAAAUGGUCAUUUAUUUGAACUAGUCAAGGGAGGCGAUCCAGAACAGUACAUGUACAUGUAGUUACUAAACAGUGCAAGUGGAGACAUGAAAUGAAAUUCUCCUUUGAAGACAGUUCGAAAUGUGUCCUACAUUGACGUAAAACAUAUCUAUUUAGAAAUGAUGUAUUGAAUGAUAUGUUACGGACACAUAUAUAUGAUCCCUAUUGUUAUGUUUGAUAAGUGUAUAUAAACAAGUGUAAUUUAUAACUAGGGUGUACUUGGACAGAGGUGCGUAGUAUUUAUAGUAGUUCUUCCAGAAGUAGGUCUAGGGAUGGAUAGAAAAAAUCCACAACAAGUUGUAUAUGAAUGAAAUACUCCAGUCUGACAAUUUUUAUAUAAAAGAAUGAAUGUUUAGUUUUCAUGCACAGUCCUCUCUCAAUAGAUUAAAGUGCUCUUGAUCAAUGUAAAAGGUACAUGUCCAUGACAUAGUCUCAUGUUGUCUAUGGUGGUCUGUAAAUCUAAACUUUGAAUUCUUCAUUAACUCUGUACACUGGUCUGUUCAUGAUGUAAUUGAAACAUUCUGUCAAGUUUUUUUUUUAAUAAAUGAAAAAAUGUUA